CCCAUACCAGACCCCCUUCCCUCCCUCUUUCUCUACAACUUUCUCUACAAGUACCCUCCCUCCCUCUCUCCGCCUCCACUUUCUUAACCCCUCUCCUUAACCCAACAAUCUCUCUCUCUCUCUACACGAAAUCGCUCAAACACUUACACGCACAACACACACUAGAAUAAAAACAGCACUCCUCACCCAAGAGAAGUCCAUAAAUGCAUUCAGUAGAAGAAGAAAAUUAGUCCACUCUUCUUUAGACAUAUUGCAACUACUGGUAAGAAGAAGAAAAGAAACCCUUGCUUAGGCAUUUGCUACAAAUCAUCGAAACUUUCAAGCUGGCGAUCGAAAAUCAAGAAUCAACUGUUCCCCGCGAAUUCAAGCCCAAAAACAGACGCAUCAUGGGAGCUGGAGGGCCUGACGAGGAGGAUAACAGAUGGCCACCGUGGUUGAAGCCUUUGUUGAGGGAACACUUCUUUGUCCAAUGCAAAAUGCAUGCUGAUUCUCACAAGAGCGAAUGCAAUAUGUAUUGCUUGGACUGUAUGAAUGGGGCUCUCUGUUCUCUCUGUUUGGCCUCUCACAAGGACCAUCGCGCCAUUCAGAUAAGGAGGUCAUCCUACCAUGAUGUGAUCAGGGUGAAUGAGAUUCAAAAGUAUUUGGACAUCUCAUCGGUUCAAACCUACAUUAUCAACAGUGCCAAAGUCGUGUUCUUAAAUGAGAGGCCUCAGCCUAGGCCUGGCAAAGGCGUCACCAAUACUUGUGAAGUCUGUGAGAGAAGCCUUCUUGAUUCCUUCAGAUUCUGCUCUCUUGGCUGCAAGAUUGUGGGGACAUCCAAGAAUUUCCAGAAGAAGAAGAAGCAUUCCCCUGAGAAGAAAAGGGCGGCACUGAUGGCGGCAGCUUCUGAUUCUGAGGACUCCUAUAGCAGCAGCAGCCAUGGAGGAAGGCACAAGAGCCCGAGCAGUAGCAAUGGGAAGGUUCAGAGCUUUAGUCCAUCAACCCCACCUCCAACUGCUGUUAAUUACAGAACAGCCAAGAGAAGGAAGGGAAUUCCCCACAGAGCCCCAACUGGAGGAAUAGUUAUUGAAUAUUAGCCCCUGCUUAUAUGUCUUAAUUAGCUUAAUACCCCAACAACUUAUACUACACCUUAGAUAUCAGAAUGGUACUGGUCAGGAGGUCCAUUCCAAACAGCUAUAGUGCUUUUUCACCUCAAAAAAGGCCAAUGUUUGGAGGGAGUUCAGCUUACUCUUAUUGUACAUAGAAGCAGCCGCUAAUAGAAAUAUGGUGGAAGUAGAUGUGGGGGCGCAAGUGGGGAAUAAGAACAAUGUGGAGGACUAAAGGGUGAAAACAGAAGUUAGAAGAACUUUUGGACUUAGAAAAUAAGCUAUUAUAGACUAUAGUUUGAAUAUGAAAUACAGUGGCUUUAAUUUAAGGGAGUGAUUAUACAUAAGCCUUUUUUUUUUAAUAUUUCUUAAUAGUUUAUGGUAAAGAUGUAAAUAUGGUUUUGUAGUAGGGUUAGCAAUGGGAUAACAAUGUACCCCUUGAAAAUACUUUUAUGCUGUUUAUAUAUGGAAUGGAAUAAUAUUUUAUAAUGUAA